AUGGUGAGAAGGCCUGAAAUGUGGCAUCUAAUAGUGUUAGUUUUACAUACGUCAACUUGGGUUUAUGGAGUUCCACAGGUCCCUUGUUACUUCAUUUUUGGAGAUUCAUUAUUCGAUAAUGUCAACAACAAUUACCUGCUGACCAAGGCCAAAGCCAAUCAUCCUCCAUAUGGGAUUGAUUUUCCCGGAGGACCAACAGGAAGAUUUAGCAAUGGUCGAAACGGGGCAGAUGUUUUAGCUGAACUUCUAGGAUUUGAAAGUUACAUUCCAUCCUUUGCAAGUACUAAAAAUCGUAGUGAAGACAUUCUCCAAGGUGUAAAUUAUGCAUCUGGAGGAGCCGGAAUUCGUGAUGAAACUGCAAUCCAAAACCUAGGAGAAGUGAUCAGCAUGAACAAGCAGUUACUACAUCACCAAGAAACUGUCUCACAUAUCAUAAGAAUAUACAGAGGCAAUAUAUCAGCAGAAGAGCAUCUGAGAAAGUGCAUGUAUACAGUCGGAAUUGGGAACAACGAUUACAUAAACAAUUACUUCUUGCCUCAGUUUUACCCUACAAGUCACCAAUAUUCUCCUGAGCAAUUUUCCAUUCUUCUUGUUCAACAAUAUUCAAAGCGAUUGGAGGAUUUGUACGAGCUUGGAGCGAGAAAGAUAGCGGUAUUCGGAUUAGGUCUCAUUGGCUGUACGCCCGGCAGUGUGGCUAUGUAUGGGACAAAUGGAUCUUCAUGCGUAGACUCCAUUAAUAUUGCAGUCCAACUAUUUAAUGCUAAACUGUUAUCACUGGUGGAUGACCUCAAUAAACAAUUUCCAGACGCCAAGUUUAUAUAUGUCAACAUUUUUGGGAUUUCUUCUACCCUGCCAUCUGGUAUAUAAACUUAAUCUUAUCUUCAUUAAUUAGUAAGUUUAAUUAUUUGUUUUAUUGAUUUCAAUGGAUGUACACCCAUCUCAGGAUCAUUA